CGCUUCGGAGACGUCGUCGGGUUUGGCAGCAGCAGCAGCACCACACUCGCUCGCAAAGCAUUUUCAAAAGCGCUGAACGUCGACGACGAGAGGGGGCGACUGACAGACCCAUCACCACCUAGGAUAUCACCACCAGUCAGCCAGCAAGCAAGCAAAGCGAGCGAGAGCGAAGAAGCAAGCAUUCAUUCUCCCGGGCGUACCGCACACUUCGUUCGGCAUCGGCACGGCGGCAGUGGUGUUGUACCAGUGUGAACCACGGUUCGAGUUUCGAUUGAUUUUUUUCGUAUUUUUUAUUUCUUCAAGAUUUAAUCAUAAGCGUGGCUAGCCAGGGAAUAAAAAGGAAAAUGAGUAGCUCCGAGGAGGUUUCUUGGAUUUCUUGGUUCUGCGGACUUCGUGGCAAUGAAUUCUUCUGCGAGGUGGACGAGGAUUACAUUCAGGAUAAGUUCAAUUUGACCGGACUGAACGAACAAGUACCGAACUACAGACAGGCUCUCGACAUGAUAUUGGAUCUGGAACCCGAGGAUGAAAUAGAAGACAACCCGAACCAGUCCGAUUUGAUCGAGCAGGCGGCCGAGAUGCUGUACGGUUUGAUCCACGCUAGGUAUAUCCUCACCAAUCGCGGCAUAGCUCAAAUGAUAGAGAAAUAUCAAAGCGGCGACUUUGGUCACUGCCCGCGGGUGUACUGCGAGAGCCAACCGAUGCUUCCAUUAGGUCUAUCCGAUGUGCCCGGAGAGGCGAUGGUGAAAAACUACUGUCCCAAGUGCAUCGACGUCUACACACCAAAGUCCUCGAGGCACCACCACACGGACGGGGCCUACUUUGGCACCGGAUUUCCGCACAUGCUGUUCAUGGUACAUCCCGAGUAUCGCCCGAAACGUCCCGCCAACCAGUUCGUGCCGCGUUUGUACGGCUUCAAAAUCCACUCGUUAGCGUAUCAAAUUCAACUGCAGGCUGCUGCCAACUUUAAAGCACCGAUGCGAGGGUGAAGUGCUCGGCGAAGGUCAUCGACAAUUGAGUUGCCGACAACUGGGUCAACGAGAAAAUCGUUUGAUCGCCAGAAGAAGUGACCACAAACAUCCCUACAUCCCACAUACAAACAACCGACACCCAAGUACAUACACGCGACAACGCCACGGAGAUCAAGGGGCGAGAAGGCGACCACCUCGACAACAAACAAUAAGAGCGAUCCGCAGAAUCAGCCAAGAGGGAAAAGUAGUACCAGUUGAAAGAACAAAAAAAAAACAGAACAAGCAGUUGAAGAAUAUCAAACAAACGCGAUAACGUAAAACAUACUUAAAGAAAGUAAAUAGGACAAAAACAAAAUUUCUAGAUAAAUCAGUAAGUCAUUGAACAGAAAAAAGCAUGUUAGCGAAUACAAAGUAACCAAUUGUACAUCCCCCAAACCACCAAAUCCAAGAAAAAAAAAACAAAAAAAUGCGCAUUUCGCAUUGUAGAACAUGGCAUACUGUAGAAUUAGGCCCAAAACCAUCCUUCUUGUCUCAUAGCGGAAGAGGAGAGUACCAUUCAUUGAUCGACCGAAGUAAACAUUGAAACGAAGAAUGUUGUCAUUUUUUUCUAAUAAGAAUUGGAAUUUAUUGCUAGGAUGAAUCGCCGGGACGAAGCGGAAUUUUUAUGAAACGUUGUAAGACCAUUCAGUGAAAUUGUGUAUUUGAAGAUAAAAAAGAUAACAAAUACAAACACUAAACAAACAAUAUUAGACCUUAGUGUGAUUCGAGUAAUUUGUUGCAACAAACAGGAACUAAAACAAACAAACAAACAAACGGAGGAAAUAUACACCAGGGUUGAAGAACAGCAGACGACGAAAAACGAAGAACCUCCCAUUUCCUCUCUUCCUACUUAGAUAGGCCGCACCUGAAAGCGUAAACGAUCUUUUGGAACAACGGUCGUUUGGCAUAAACUGAGAAGGACAGCCAAUUUUAUAUCAAGCAAAUGUUAUGCCAAACGGCCGUUAUGCCGAAAUGGAGUCCUCCCGCAUCCAUUAGAGUGAAUGCCACGAACAUCCCAUUUUUAACCCAUUUGUAUAUUUUUUCUCGUCUACAAAACAACAACGUAUCUCGCGUGGCAGACCGAGUAGUCCUAUAAAGGUUGCAAACAGAGAAAUAAACACACGUCAACAACAUCAACAAAGAAACAUCAUUUUACACCGGAAGACCCUUUUCCUUUUUAUUGCCCUUCAGAAAAACAAUUGAAUUAAGAAAAUCAACAGAGAGUAAGCGGAAGCCUUGUUUGUAUAGCUUAGUAGCGAAAAUGAGCAGUAAGAUUAGUUUUUUCUCAGUUUCCAGUUGUCGCUAAGUUGCAUUCUGCAAAAAAAAAAUAAACGGUGGGAAAUAAUAAAUCUAUCCAUUUGUAUCAUAUUACUUAGCUAACGAAAACCAGAACAGAAUAAAAGAACAACGUCAAGAGCGUGGUACCUACUAGGUAAAUCCACUUAGUUCAAGUGUUGACAUUGAAGAUAUGAAAAUACCGGACCGGAGAUGAAGUCAGCUGAAGGUUCAAGUCGACAAAAAUAGUGCGCAAUUGAGUUAUGAAAUAUGAUGAUGGCAACCGCUGGUUUGGACCAGCGCGGUUGCCAGAUGGGGUUUAUAAUUUAUAUCCAAUCUAAUUACAACAAAACAGUUAAUUUGCAUUGAAAGGAACCUACAAAACAAAAACUGAAAUAGAAUAAUUAUUGCUCUAAUUUUACUACUAUUAUUAUUAUUGCUGGAACGAUUAAAUUUUAAUAAAUUAUAUUACAAAACAACACAUUUUGGGUUACUGAG